UUCUGAACAGGCGUGUUGCAGGCAGCUCACCCGACUCCUCAGAUUACUAUGGGAGCGGUAGGGUCCUGAGCGGCGGAGAAGCAAGAAAGCAUAGCCCACGAAGGAGGGCCUGAGCUCAGAAGAAAAAUCGAGAUCCGCUGGGUGGUGCCGCUGUUGCUGUCUGGUCUUGGUUGUGCGAGGGAGGACGAGAAGGCCGUGAGGCCCGGUGGGACGUCGGGCAGCGCGAAGGCCCCCUCAGGCGGCGCCGAGGGCAGCCCCGCGGCCGGGGCCUGGUGCAGCCGCCGCGGCCGCUGUCAGGGAAGCGCAGGCGGCCAAUGGGACCCGGGAGCGGCCGCUGCUGCUGAGGCGGCGGUGUCGGCAGCCGACCCCGACCGCCCGCACCCCCUCCGCCGGGGUCCCCCGGAGCUUGGAAGCUCGAAGUCUGGCUGUGGCCAUGGGAGACACGGUAGUGGAGCCUGCCCCCCUGAAGCCAACUUCUGAGCCCACUCCUGGCCCACCGGGGAAUAAUGGGGGCUCCUUGCUAAGUGUCAUCACGGAGGGGGUCGGGGAACUAUCAGUGAUUGACCCUGAGGUGGCCCAGAAGGCCUGCCAGGAGGUGCUGGAGAAAGUCAAGCUUUUGCACGGAGGCGUGGCCAUCCCUAGCAGAGGCACCCCACUGGAGUUGGUCAAUGGGGAUGGUGUGGACGGUGAGAUCCGUUGCCUGGAUGAUCCACCCGCCCAGAUAAGGGAGGAGGAAGAUGAGAUGGGGGCCACAGUGGCCUCGGGCACAGCCAAGGGAGCAAGAAGGCGGCGGCAGAACAACUCAGCCAAACAGUCUUGGCUGCUGAGGCUGUUUGAGUCAAAACUGUUUGACAUCUCCAUGGCCAUCUCAUACCUGUAUAACUCCAAGGAGCCUGGAGUGCAAGCCUACAUUGGCAACCGGCUCUUCUGCUUUCGUAAUGAGGACGUGGACUUCUAUCUGCCCCAGUUGCUUAACAUGUACAUCCACAUGGAUGAGGACGUGGGUGAUGCCAUCAAGCCCUACAUAGUCCACCGCUGCCGCCAGAGCAUUAACUUUUCCCUGCAGUGUGCCCUGUUGUUGGGGGCCUACUCUUCAGACAUGCACAUUUCCACUCAGCGACACUCCCGUGGGACCAAGCUGCGGAAGCUGAUCCUCUCAGAUGAGCUGAAGCCAGCUCACCGAAAGAGGGAGCUGCCCUCCUUGAGCCCAGCCCCUGACACAGGGCUGUCUCCCUCUAAAAGGACUCACCAGCGCUCUAAGUCAGAUGCCACCGCCAGCAUAAGUCUCAGCAGCAACCUGAAACGAACAGCCAGCAAUCCUAAAGUGGAGAAUGAGGAUGAGGAGCUCUCCUCCAGCACCGAGAGUAUUGAUAAGUCAUUCAGUUCCCCUGUCAGACUGGCUCCUGAGCGAGAAUUCAUCAAGUCCCUGAUGGCGAUUGGCAAGCGGUUGGCCACGCUCCCCACUAAGGAGCAGAAAACACAGCGGCUGAUCUCAGAGCUCUCCCUGCUCAACCAUAAGCUUCCUGCCCGAGUCUGGCUGCCCACUGCCGGCUUUGAUCACCACGUGGUCCGCGUGCCCCACACCCAGGCUGUUGUCCUCAACUCUAAGGACAAGGCUCCCUACCUGAUCUAUGUGGAAGUCCUCGAAUGUGAAAACUUUGACACCACCAAUGUCCCCGCCCGGAUCCCUGAGAACCGAAUUCGGAGCACCCGGUCUGUAGAGAACCUGCCCGAAUGCGGCAUCACCCACGAGCAGCGGGCAGGCAGCUUCAGCACUGUGCCCAACUAUGACAACGAUGAUGAGGCCUGGUCGGUGGAUGACAUAGGCGAGCUGCAGGUGGAGCUCCCUGAAGUGCACACCAACAGCUGUGACAACAUCUCCCAGUUCUCUGUGGAUAGCAUCACCAGCCAGGAGAGCAAGGAGCCUGUGUUCAUUGCAGCGGGCGACAUCCGACGGCGCCUUUCGGAGCAGCUGGCUCACACCCCUACAGCCUUCAAACGAGACCCAGAAGACCCUUCUGCGGUUGCUCUCAAAGAGCCCUGGCAGGAGAAAGUGCGGCGCAUUAGAGAGGGUUCCCCCUAUGGCCAUCUCCCCAAUUGGCGGCUCCUGUCAGUCAUUGUCAAGUGUGGGGAUGACCUUCGGCAGGAGCUGCUGGCCUUCCAGGUGUUGAAGCAACUACAGUCCAUUUGGGAACAGGAGCGAGUACCCCUGUGGAUCAAGCCAUACAAGAUUCUUGUGAUUUCGGCCGACAGUGGCAUGAUUGAACCAGUGGUCAACGCUGUGUCUAUCCACCAGGUGAAGAAACAGUCACAGCUCUCCUUGCUCGAUUACUUCCUGCAGGAGCAUGGCAGUUACACCACUGAGGCGUUCCUCAGUGCCCAGCGCAAUUUUGUGCAGAGUUGUGCUGGCUACUGCUUGGUCUGCUACCUGCUGCAAGUCAAGGACAGACACAAUGGGAACAUCCUGUUGGACGCAGAAGGCCACAUCAUCCACAUCGACUUUGGCUUCAUCCUGUCCAGCUCACCCCGAAACCUGGGCUUUGAGACCUCAGCCUUUAAGCUGACCACAGAGUUUGUGGACGUGAUGGGCGGCCUGGAUGGCGACAUGUUCAACUACUACAAGAUGUUGAUGCUGCAGGGGCUCAUUGCUGCUCGGAAGCACAUGGAUAAGGUGGUGCAGAUCGUGGAGAUCAUGCAGCAAGGUUCUCAGCUUCCUUGCUUCCACGGCUCCAGCACCAUCCGCAACCUCAAGGAGAGAUUCCACAUGAGCAUGACUGAGGAGCAGCUCCAGCUGCUGGUGGAGCAGAUGGUGGACGGCAGCAUGCGGUCUAUCACCACCAAACUCUACGACGGCUUCCAGUACCUCACCAAUGGCAUCAUGUGACACCCUCCUUCUCAGGCCUCAGAGCGGUGGGGGAUUCAGGGGACCCUCCCCGGGAAGGCCCUUGUCAGAGAAACCCUAACCCAGGAAGCCCCACCCACCUAGCCAUCCACCAAGGGAAAUGGAAGGCAAGAAAUACAGAGGAUCAUGUGGUAACUGUAGAGCUUGCCAGGGUGGGGUCCAGACUUGCUGGGGCGUCCCUGCCGCGCCCCCAGCUGUGUCAGUAUUACCUGACAGACUCCAGGACUCACUGCCCUCCAGAGGACAGAGUGAUAAACGUGAGGGACACUGGGGCCUUUUUCGCCUCACCAGGGUCCAAGAGGUUCUUUCCACAGGCCAUUCUCUUAGUGUUCUGGGCCCCAGGAAGGAGAAAAGAGUAGGUUCUUGGUACUUAGGACUCGAUCCUGUGGUUGGCCUUUGGCCGUGCUGCUGCCCGACCCGUCCCGAGCUCCCCAGGUAGGCGGGCUUUGGCACAGGGUCCUGCACUUGCUGAGUUGCCCACCCCGCUUGUGAGGAAGGGAAUGAUCACAGCCCCUCCAGUCUGAGGGUACUGGCCUAGCCACGGGAAAUUCCUUGCCCUCAUCCCUUUCCCACACCCAGGGAAAUAGCUCUCAAUUUUUUAUUUUUAAUUUUUGUUUGAAAUAAAGUCCUUAGUUAGCCAUG